GCAUUGUAUUCCUGCAGUCCAACUCUGUUUUCUCCAGCGGCUGAUGCAAGAGCUUGCUGAGCAGCUGGACAAUGGAUGGGACAGCUGGCAGGUUCCAUUCUUUGAGGCCUAUGUGCCUCUGUUUUCAACUCCUGGAACAAUGCUUCAGGAAAGAGACCUGGCCCUGGCGCUAGCGGCAUCUUGUACAUCAGAGGACAAGAAGCACAGCCGCAGAAGGAAACGCACAAGGCGACGUCCAAAAGUUUGGAGAUUGCGUUCAGACCGUGCAGAGUCUGAAGAGGUUGAUGAGUCUGACGAUCAUGCUGACCGUGAUGGUGGCAUUGCUGAGGCUGCGUACGAGCGACUCUGA